GUUGAACUUAGAGCAAGGUUCUUGGAGAGAAUGUGUCUGCAAAAGUAGGCUUGGGGGGAACGCAGGUGCUGCAGUUGGAAGGACCUGAAGGAUCCCUCUGAGAGGAAGAGAAUACACAGAGGAGCCUGCUACACACCCAGCUGAUCUGGGGACCAACGGAGCCAUGAGGCUGGGUUCAGCAAUCCUCAGUUUACUCCUGCUCCAAGGUUACAGCUCUCAGCCUACGACAACGCAGACCUCUCAGGGAGACAGAUCUUCCUCAGAGCCUGGCAGCUCAGGGCUUCCGCUUAGCACCAUUACCCCAGAAAUUCUACAGAAGUCAUCUCAGGCCUCCUUGGCAUCCAGUCAGCCUGUGACACCAAGGUCAAGCACCAUGGAUAGACACUCUCUUUCCUUGCCCGACCCCAUGUCGUUCCAGACCCAGAGACACACACCUGGCACAGGGGCUCCAGAAAGCAGCAGCAGCAGCAGCAGGAGAGGAGAAUCAUCUCUGGAUGCUACUCCCAGUCCAGGAACCUCCAGCCUUCGGACAAAAGAGGGGACCAUCCUGCCUACCCCCACAUCAGAGUCAGUGCUAACUGUGGCUGCCUUUGGUGUCAUCAGCUUCAUUGUCAUCCUGGUGGUUGUAGUGAUCGUUCUGGUCAGUGUGGUCAGCCUAAGGUUUAAGUGUCGGAAGAACAAGGAGUCUGAAGAUCCACAGAAACCCGGGAGUUCAGGGCUAUCUGAAAGCUGCUCCACAGCCAAUGGAGAAAAAGACAGCAUCACACUCAUCUCCAUGAAGAAUAUCAACACGAACAACAGCAAAGGCUGCACCUCAGCAGAAAAGAUUCUUUAAAAGUGACCUGGAGUGGCGAUGUGUCCACGAAUGAUUCAGUGUCCAGUGGCCAUAAGGAAGAAGAGACGAGAAGAGACUGGUGAAGGCAGCAGACCACACAUAAAUUAUUUUAUUUCACGCCUGCUCCCAGCUCUAAAGGAUAGGAAAUUCCUCUAGAUCCAGAAGCAACCUACCACAGGAGAGACUCCCUUCCAUUUGGAAGCCACGCUGGACAUUCAACCUCCUCCUCCUCCUCCUCCUCCUCCUCCUCCUCCUCCUCCUCCUCCUCCUCCUCCUCCAACCCCCCCUCCUCCUCCUGCUCCUCCUCAGAAACUCAGGGAUGAGGAGGCAAUGGAGCAGGACUUAAGGAAGCAAUGAGGUAGACUGUCCAUGCUACUCGAAUUAAAGUUAUUUUCUGGCCUGGAA